AUGGCAGCUGUACGGAGUGUGCGUAUCCGGCGGCCGCGAGCCAUGCUGUUUGUCCCGCCGGAAGAGGCUGGGGCGAAGGGUGGCGGGGAGGACACGGCGGCGGCCGAGGCAGCAGCACGAGCACGGGCAUCGAUGGGACUGGAUGGAGUGAGCGGGAGCGUUGGCGAUGGAACCAAUGGUGAUGUAGCCACCUUUACCCAUGGCAUGCACCUCGUCGCUAUGCACACCUUUCCGGCGAGCCUCGUCGUCUCGGCCUUCAACAAGACCGACGGCGAGCUGGUGGUCGCCCAUGAGCUCGGCUACUCGGCGUGGCACGUCUCAGGCAAGCUGCGGCAAAUCAGCUACUCGAAGCGGACACGGCCGCAUGUGCGGGCGCUGGUCUACUCGUCGAGGUUCAAGUUCUUUGUGGCGGCGUGCGCCGAUCUCACCUUUGAGGUCUACGAUCGGAAGCUCGGGCUGGUGGAGAAGCUGCCGUCGUCGUCGCACUCGACGCUCGCACUGGCCAUCCAUGCUCCGCGGCACCAGCUUGUCUCGGCUGGCGUCGAGGAGAUCCACGUGUGGAACAUCAUCCCGCAUCCGGACGUCAAGUUUGACGCCGACGCCGAGCCCAUCCAGCGGUACACGGUCGCCCACGCCGGGCAGCUUGCCGUCCCGCAUGGCACACCAUGGAUCACGUCCCUGGCCAUACAUGAGCCAUCGUCGUCAGUCCUUGCGCUGGCCAACUCGCGGCUGCUUGUCUACGACCUCAGGGAUGUGCCACGGGCGGGCGAGGUUGCGGCGGAUGUGGCCGUGGCGUACGCCAACGUGGCACGUACUGAUGGCGCUGCGGCGCGGGCGCGGGAAGGAGUGUUUGACACGGUGGCGCCGCGAGUGCUUGACCACGGGCAGGGGCGGACGUUCUCUGCAGCGCUCCGUGUGGUGGCACCCUCGCACGAGCUCGACUACCUGGUCACGGCCGGCAUUGACACGUACAUUGCAGUGUACGAGUUUACGACGUUUCGGCGAGUUACGAUUCUCACCGGUCACUCCAAGCCGGUGACAGCGGUGAUGGAGGUGGCGACCUCGCACGCACCGCUGCUCAUGUCUGCCUCGGAGGACGCGUCGAUCCGGCUCUGGUCGCUCCUCACUCUGACCGAGACGUACCGGCUCAACCUGGCGGCACCACUGACGGGCCUCGGGUCGCUGGCGUCGUCGUCGAUAUUCUACGCCACGACACGAACCGCAGUCGUGGUCUUCAAGUUCAUGCACCUGUACGACUUGUUCGACCAGCUGCGGUCGCCGGUGGGUCAGCUGGAGAUGGUCCGCGAUCCGGCGGGGGCGUCGACGGCACGGUUGGCCUUUGCACCUGCCGACGGCUCGAUCCGGAUCUGGACUUUUGAUGGGCGGCCACUGGUGACGGUCCUCCCACCGCCGUCGACCGUCCACCCGCUAGCGUAUGUGUACUCACGGCUUCACUCGAGCGUGGUGGUUCUCCUCUCGUCGCACGAAGUCUGGCUUUACGAUGCCGGGUUUAACCCGGCGCGGCGGACGGCGCGGUGGCCGGCGGUGUCGCGGGCGGCGACGCUCUGCCUCGGGCUCUGCUCGGGCACGACGCCGCCGCCGGCGAUGAAGAGCGAGGACCAGCUUCCGUUUGGAGUGUACUUUGAGCUCGCCUUUGGCGGCUCGGCUGAUGGCCUCAUCCAGUUCUGGUCGGUCUCGGACGACUCGCGGCUGUACCAAAAGUUCCGGGCAGACAAAAAUCCUGUGGUGGCGGUCGAUUUUGAUGCAAGCGCGUGUAAGCUUGCAGCGUACGCGUGCGGCGGCGAGGAGGGCCGGAUCCGGAUCUGGUCGUGGCCGACGACGCGGUCGGCGCCGGCGCGGGUGGGCAAGAGCGGGCGUCGACUCAGCUCGGUAGCGGACACAUUUGGCGGCAUUUCCAACGUGCAGGCAUCAGCGCGGGCUUUCCAGAUCCUGCACGAGAUCAGGGUGGCGUCGACGCUCACCUUUGUGCGGUGCCUUGACCCGUUUCUCUACGCCGGCCACUCGGAUGGCACGUUUGAGGUGUACUCUGUGGUGGGCCAGACGGUCAAAAUGUCCAAGUCGAUGUUUGCGCUGUCUACGACGCGGAUGGCUGGCGAGCGCAAGUUAUCGGCGCUGCGGUCUGCCUCGUUUGCCUCGCUGAAGCGGCAAAACUCGCUUGCUGCCUUCCAGCUUGUUCCGAGCAAGAGCACGACAUUGCUGCCGAGUAUGACAGCUGAAGAGAGCACGGAGCACGGGAAGGAAGAAGCAAGCGGCCUUGUUGAGUCGGACUCUUCGUCAGACGAUGUCGAGGUUGAUGCGGAGACCGGGCUUGUGCGGACGCUGAUGCACAGCGGCGGGGUGACUGGUAUGGCUGUGGCGCCCGAGCUGAACAUGGUGGUGACGUCGUGCGAGGACGGGAUCCUCCGUGUGUGCUCGCUGAGCGGUCGGCACCGGGCUUCGCUGAAGGUCGGGGCAAGCGUGGGCGCUGUGACGAUAGUCAACCGGUUUGGUGACAUGGUGUUUGCCAUGAACGACGCACUGUACUCGAUUCACUCUUCGCUCUUCUGCACGCUCCCGUUCCGGCGCAGCGUGGCAGAGGAGCGGCGGAUGGCGCAGCUUGCGGCGGCUGAUGGGUUGGAUAUUGUGGAGGAUGCGGACGAUGUGGCGCUCAAGAUCUACCAGCCGAAGGUCAUGUCCGAGCUGACAAUGACUGCGCUGGCGGUGAUGAACAAUGUGUAUGCGACGCGGCGGGCGCGACUGCUUGCGCUUGCGCGAGUUGUGGCGCAGCACCGAGCAGCGGCUGCGGCGGUCGCAGUCGCGGCUACCCCAGCUGAUGUGGAUGCCAGUAGCAGCGAGGUCGAGAGUGAGUGGCGGCCUAUGGCGCUGCGGACGGCAGGACGGCGCGGGAUUCUGGACUCGCCAGUGCGGUCGGAUGUGGACGACUGCGGCGGGGCGAUGUCAACGAUGUCUGGGCGGCUGUAUGCGCUCACGCCUGUGGGCCAGUUUUCGGGCUACACGCUGCUGGACAUGCCUGCGGCAGAUGGGCUGAUGGUUGAUGUUGUGGCGGCGCGGCUGCGGCAGCUCGCGCUGCUUGUAGACGACAAGAUCCUGAGUGCGAUUCUUGCGGGCGAGAGCGCGCCACUGCGAGCAAGCCGGCAGUUGGACGUUGACCCUGAAGUGAUGAAUGCAUGGGAGCGAUCGAUGGAGCUGCUUACGCGGCAGCAGACCAUACGGCGGCGACAAGCGUCGAGUGCGGCCCGGUUUGACAUUCUCCGGGCGAGGACCGAGGGUGAUCCGGAAGCUGCGGCGGCUCUGGAGCUCGAGGCGCUGCUGGCUGGCGAAGUGACCGAUGAGUUUAUGCGGGUUAUGGAGGACCUUGGUGAGUUUGCGGCAGAUGCAGGGCUCGGUCAGUUUGAGACGAACGAGUGGAGCGAGGCGCUGGAGGUGUUCCAGCGGGCGGCACUCCGGCGGGCGUCAAGCGCGGACUUGAGCACGGGCGACUCACAAAGGCAGCCGACGAACGAGGCAAGUUUGUCGCAGUCGACGUGGUUCCGAUCGCGGAUGCCGACGGAGUUUUUCGGCUCUGAAGAUAUGCCGGUCCUCUCACCGCUGCUCCAGCUCCAGCUCCAGCUCCAGCUCCAGCUCCAGCUCCAGCUCGACAAUCAUGCGGUGGGCAUGCGGUGGGCGUUUGGCGGGCGGUCGUCAUCGUCGUCAGCCGGGCUGGACGACUUGUCGGACAUUCGGGCGUGGCCGCAAGAUCCGUCUGCGCGGUUUUCUGCGCUCGGGCUGUAUGCGGCCGACAAAGCAAGCGUGGACCAGGAGGCCGAAGUGCGGGCCAAGGUGCGGUACCUGCUCGGCCUCUCGCCAAAGCAGUUGGUGACGCAGCAGAUGGCAGGGCGGCGGGCGACGCCGCGGUCGCGAUCGCUCCGCAAGCUCGUCUCCAAGGCGAAUAAGCUCCAGCGGCGGAAGAAGAGACAGCGCAAAGCGACGGGCGCAAGCCCGGGCCCGCAGCUUGUGGCGCGGACGUCGCGGCGUGUGUCGGGCGGCCAGAAGCCGGUUGGUGCCGACGAGGUUCUGUUCCAGCACUCGUCCAAGGACGACCUUGUGCGUGCGUGGGCGGCGGCGCCGCUGCCGCGGGUCAGGACGCCGGCGGCAUCGCCAGUUCCGGACGAGCCUGAGAGGAGCAGUGUAGGCGGCGGGUGGUCAAGCGGGUCGCCGAGCGCGAGUCGCAAGCCACGGCGGCGCGGCGGGCUGGCUGUGCCCAAGCCGAGGUCGAUUGCCGAGCGGCGGCGGCGUGGGUCGAUCUCUUUCCGGCCCGGGUCAGGUAGCGGGCUGCUGACUCCUGCAGUGCGGCGAGCGCGGGCGGCGACGCGAACGGUCGCAGCAGCAGCAGCAGCAGCAGCAGCAGCAGCAGCAGCAGCAGCAGUCCAGACCGCAUCGGCGGCGGCGGCGGCGGUCCAGCAUUGGCUUCAGGUCCGGCAGGAACGAAUGGCGCAGAGCGGUUUCAUAUCGCCCAAGUCGGAACGAAUGGCGCAGAGCGGUUUCAUAUCGCCCAAGUCGGCUGAGCAGGCGAGGCGUGUGUCGCGGCUGCAGGGCGUGUUCUUGACCCGGAUCAAGGAGCUGACGCUAGACGAGGUGAAUGUGGCAGCCAAGUCGCCGCCGCCGGCCGAAAGACAGUUGACGUCGGCUUCGAGAGCGGCAACGGCGUCAUCGUGGAGCGAGAUCAAGACUGGGAGCGGAGACGAGAGCGGAGACGGCGUCCUGUUUCCGUGUCGAGUGCAUCCGCAGCCACCACCGGGGAGUCCGCCUGCCGAGAGGCCGGACGUGCGGCGAUGGCAGCGGUGGCAGCGGUGGCAGCGGCGGACAGGCGAGCUGGCACGAGUGGCAGUUCGAAUGUCGGGCGAGUCGAGCGCAGAACUUGUACCUGUGGAUGCAGCGGCCGACGUGGCAGUUGAGGCCACGGCGCCAGCAGAUGCACAGCUGCGAUCACAGGUGUGGGUCGGCGGCGGACAGGUGUACGCGUCGCGACUGCAGCGAGUCCGUGCAUUGGCAGAGGGCGUGAGCGGGCUGGAACGACUGGGCGAACAGGCUGUGGCGCGGGCUGAGCAGCGGCGCGGGAUGGCUGUGACGCGGAUCGAGCUCGAUGCCAACUUUGUCGGCGAGAGUGAGCAGCUUAGCAUGGCCGAGGCCGUAGCCAAGAUGGCGGAGCAGAGGCGGCUGGCGUACGAGCAGCAGGUCGCGGCAGAGACGGAGGCCCGGCCAGACGAGGUCUUCCGCCAAGGCGAAGCCACGAUUGUGGUCGCAGGUGCGGCGGCCGAUGAAGCCAUCGCAGAUGAAGCCGCGACCGCCGUCGCAAGAGAAGCCGCCGCAACAGCCCCAGCCACAGCGCGGGACGGUGCCGAUCCUGGUCUCUGGCGAGCUCAAGCCGCCGCCCCGCCGACGUGGUCGUCGUCGUGGCCGCAAUCGCGGUCGCGGUCGCGGUCGCGGUCGUAG